UACAACUUACCGGGCAUGUGGACCACGUAAGCAAGCCGGUCACGUGACCAGAGCGCAUAAAAAAGGGCUGAGAGCAGGGCGGCAGUAUUCAUAGGACUGGAGUUAUGAUCGGGAUCCGCGUCGGAGGGUACAGUUCUGCCCAAUGACUUACAGCGAACGCUGGUGCGAUUAGCUGUUUAGGCUCGGACCCCCCUCCACUUUGACGGAUAUAAUGAGAGCAUGGCCAAGCGGCGGGACGCCGAUGAAGGGAAGCUGAGCGCUCCUGCGGCGCAACCGGAGCGCGGCGAUGCGCUGGAUCCCGGGCAGCUGACCGUGGACAGCGAGGAUGGGGCGGAGGAGGAGUUGUCGCUGGAGGAGAUCUUGGUUCUGUAUGGCCAGCCGAUCAACGAGGAGCAGGCAUGGGCCGUGUGCUACCAGUGCUGCUGCUCCUUGGCGCAGGGAAGCGGGAGGAAAUCCAGGUCCCAUGCGGCUUCGGCCGGGUGUCACGCACGGAGGAUCGGGGGCCCCGAAGAUGUCAGGAUUGCCAAAGAUGGGUCUGUCAGGUUACAGCAUCAGGAGGCUCCAGAUAAGCAUCGGUCACCGUGCACAAUGACAGAGAUGAUCGAGUCCCUGGGUAUCAUGAUUUACAAGGCCCUGGACUACGGGCUCAAGGAGAACGAGGAGCGGGAGCUGAGUCCCCCACUGGAGAACAUCAUCGACCUCAUGACCAACGUGGCGGAGACAGAGGGCGACGGCUGCCCCGACGAAGGCUACGAGGCCACGGAGGAAGAGGACGAGGAAGUCCACGCCGAGGUCCUUAGUGUCCGCGGCUACAGAGACAUCCUCAAGCUCUGCACUUCCCAUCUCCCCAGUCCCUUAGAUGCCCCCAACCACUACCAGGCCGUCUGCCGUGCCCUCUACGCUGAGACCAAGGAGCUCCGCACCUUCCUGGAGAAGAUAAAGAAUGCCAAAGAGAAUCUGAGGAAGAUGGAGGGGGGGGAGGAGGAGCCAUCUCGGGACCUCAAUGAGCUGCAGAACGCCGACUGGGCUCGGUUCUGGGUCCAGGUGAUGAGGGACCUACGCACCGGUGUAAAGCUGAAGAAGGUCCAGGAGCGUCAGUACAACCCGCUGCCCAUUGAGUACCAGCUGACGCCCUACGAGAUGCUGAUGGACGACAUCCGCUCCAAGCGCUACAAGCUGCGUAAGGUCAUGGUCAAUGGGGAUAUCCCUCCCAGGCUGAAGAAGAGUGCCCAUGAGGUCAUCCUGGAGUUCAUCAGGUCCAGGCCGCCCCUGAACCCAGUCGCCGCCCGGAAGCUGAAGCCCCACCCACAGAGGCCGCAAACCCUUCACGAGCGAAUCCUGGAGGAGAUCAAGUCUGAGAGGAAGCUGCGGCCUGUUUCCCCGGAGGAGAUCCGCAGGACCCGGCUUGUAUUUCGGCCUCUUAGCAUGUCUUACAGUUUUGACUUGUCAGACAUGUCGAACGGGGCCUCCAAGAAGAAGACUCUUAGCGCCCUCGGACUGACCAAUGGGACGGCGGCUCAGAGCCAGCAGAAGGGCGUGGCCGAGGGGCAGCUGCUGUCCCAGCGGAAGAGACUCCUGAAGGCCCCAACGCUGGCGGAGCUGGAAAGCUCCGAGUCGGAGGAGGAGGUGACACUCCGGUCGGCCAGUAGUUCCAGCAUCUCCACGUCCAUGGUGGAGGACACCUCCCCAGAGUCUGUCCUGGGCAAGAAGACUCCACCCCUGUUCUUGCCCAUCUCCUCCACACCCCAACCGGAGCGACGUCAGGCCUCCCAGAGGAGACACUCCAUCGAGAAGGAGACCCCCACGAACGUGCGGCAGUUCAUGCCCCCGACGCGGCAGAGCUCCAAGUCUCUGGUUGACAGUGACGUCCGCACCAAGCCGGAGGAGUUCUGCUACCCGGUGGAGUGCCUGGCCCUCACGGUGGAGGAGGUGAUGCACAUCCGGCAGGUGCUGGUGAAGGCCGAGCUGGAGAAGUUCCAGCAGUACCGGGACGUGUACAACGCCCUGAAGAAGGGCAAGCUUUGCUUCUCCUGCCGGACAAAGAGGUUCUCCCUCUUCACCUGGUCAUAUACCUGCCAGUUCUGCAAAAGACCCGUGUGCUCGCAGUGCUGUAAAAAGAUGAGGCUUCCGGCCAAACCCUACGCCAGUCUGCCUAUCUAUUCGCUGGGCCCCAGUGCCCUGCCCCACGGCACCCCCUCAGCCCAGCCCGAGACGUCCUCCUCCAGCCCCCAACGGCACAGUCUCCAGCGAACUGUCUCCAGGCUGACCAAACCCGGAGACGGGACACGUGGGGAGGUGGCUCUACCCGAGGAGCUGACCGAGGACUGGAGCUCCAUGGAGGUGUGCGUAGACUGCAAGAAGUUCAUCUCAGACAUCAUCUCUUCCAGCAAGCGCAGCCUGUCGCUGGCCACCAAGCGUGCUCGCUUGAAGCGCAAGACCAAGUCCUUCUACAUGUCCUCACCCAACACGUCCGAGUACCGGCCGUCCGAAAGGACGAUCAAAGAAGUGUAGCCCGGUGCCUUGCCCCUCUCUCGUCCUUACAGGCACCCCCCCCCCCCAUCCCAGACCUAAGCCCCCCCAAGAAUGAAACGGGACAAACUGUUAGGGUCUGACUGGGUGGUGAGGGUCAACCCAGUGUCUGGUGGUGUCCGUCCCACUGGGUUUGGCCGACGUCUCCCAUGGUUCCUGUACGCUCACGUCACGGGCCCUGGGAGGGAAUGGGGGCCCUGGGUGGGAAUGGGGGCCCAGGCCGAAACAAAUCGGGUGGAUGGCUGGGCUUGACGUUUGGUUGGUCGCCUGUCUGCUGUUGAGUACCAGAUCUUCCAGACAAAAAACAGUGACAUGUGUCCUGUUGUUCUGUGGCUGCUGUGUGCGGUUCACCCUUUCUGCCAACAUCACCCCCCCCCCCCCCCGCCUGGCAGGGCACCCAGCAUGGUGUAACCCCUCCCAUCACCAAAUUUGGAUUUGUCACGUUUGAAUCCCAGGGGAUUCUGUAAAUGGCUGAGCAUCUGGCUCCUCCCUCCAUACAGGACUAUACACAAGCACAAAUCUACAGAAAAAUUUGUAAAUACAAAUUACAAAAUAAAUUGUAAAAAUUUAUUUGAACAUUUUCAGUGCAGCUUAUUAUGGGAGAAACGGUCAGUCAGGAUAGUAUCCUAAGCCAGUGAUUAGGGGAGGAUAAGGCAACAAGCCAAAAGUGAUGACAAUAAUGGAUGUUUUAAGGAUUAUUUGUACCAGCCUUGGACUGUAAAUGUUUUCCUACAUGGUGAUGUUUUUUACGGCUAAGUCCUGAGUGUUUACAUGUGUGUACACACUGCGGUGAGAAUUGAGCUGAGAUCAAGUGAUGUCUUAUGGUCUCCAUUUCCUCAGUGUGUGGCUUUUUUUUAAAAAAAAGAAAACAAUCCUUGGUUUCUAUGGGCUGGAACUACAGCAGCAGACCAGGCCGGUACUACACCACGUGAUUUGAGGGAACCCCAUCCAUACACUGGAAGAAAAGCCCGUUUAUAAAAGUCCGAGUUGCAGUGGAUGUUUGUAUCGUCAGGGUUGCCAUACAAUUAAUCUGUUCCAGCAAUUAUGUCCCGCCCCUGCAUUUCUAAACGGGAUAUACCUUGAUUUUCGUUACGGGCAUUACGGGAAUUUCAGACUAGAAUGCAAGCCGUUUCUAAGACCCCUUCCCGGACAUUGUGACGAGAAAGUAGAAACAGGCUGUGUUAUCCGUUGUACAGUCAUAUAACUAAAAUAUUUAAGAAAAAGGUCUUUUCUGUUUGUGGAGGUUUAACAUUUGAGUUUUUCUUACUUGCUUAAAGGGGUCGUCUCUGUGUUUGCUGGAUAUAUUUGCUUCUCCUUGCUGUAAAAUAUUUAAUGCCACACGACAGAGAUGAAUACGAUCCCAAAUGUGCCAGCUGUGAAUACCGUCUGGUCUCAGAAGGUCAUAGGAGGCAGAGACGGGUGACCAUUUAUGUAUAAGAUGUACAGUCAACUUGUAUUUACCAAUCGCUCCGAUCUACUGAACUGUGCUAAAAACUUUAGUUUAUUUGAAUAAUUUGAAUUAAUGAUUUAUUAUUGUUACUAAGAAUGUUAUUGUCAUUGAUAUGAGCAUUUUUAAGUUGUUUUCCUACAACCCUAACAUUCAGUCCUUGUAAACCAGUUACAAGAAUCAGUUUGUUUUGCUUUUGCCUUGUGUAAAAAAAAAAAAAAAAACUUGCGUUACCUAUAAAGAAAAAAGAACCUUGCAGUCCAUUUUCCAGCCGGCCUGUACUCAGCCUGCCCUGUUCCCUUCCUCAUUUUGGAAAGUACCAAAUUUCCUAGUCGUUUAUGGAAUAAAAGGGAAUGCCCUUCGUUUUCA